AUGUAUAACAUUGUUGGUGAACGCGAAAAAGGGUUUGAGUUUGUGAAGAGGAAGAGGCAUUUGGUUGUAGAAGACCAAGUAUUUCCUAGCCGACCUUGUGAAGUUCAACAUCGGGAUUGCCUUUUGCUUCUAGUUGGGUUCCUCCUUCCCUGGGGCAGUCUAGGUGCUUCUUCCUCUGAAGGUCCUUCAAAACCUUAUGCCGAACGUGGAGUUGAGGCAUACGCUCCAAAAAUGCUUGGCAUUCCUAAAUCAGAGAAGGAAGAAAUUGAAUGUCUUUUUGCAUCCAUAGUUCCUUCUGCUUCUGAAGUGUUGUAA